AUGAUGAGGGACGUCGAAUUGAUCGAAGAAAACAAUUUCCAGCUUCCUGAAAUCUCGAUUGAUGGCCCGCUGCCUCAUGAAUAUCCUGAAAUUAUUAACUCGCUGACCGAACAGAUCGCGGAGCAAAAAGAGACGAUUGACGCGUUAGUAUUCGCGCUUAUCGAAGCAAGAGAAGGAGAUUUCGGAGCCUACAAAACGCUCAUGGGCGGCUUGUUGCCGAGUGAAGGAUCUGGAGCCGAACCAUGGCCAGAAAUGCCAGAUGAAGAGGACUCCUUUACUUUUCAUUUUAUCAACAAGUACCUAAAAUGGAAUGAUGCAGCUGAGUAUUGCGAAUCCUUCGGAAUGUCUCUUGCUUAUUUCGACUCGAGAGAUGACUUCGAGAAAUAUCUGCAAAUGUCUCGAGAAGUAACUCCAGGAGAAAUCCAACAACGAUGGGUCGACGGAACCAGCCAGGGUCGACGAUCAAGAAACUACAAAUUCCAGGGAAAAUUCGCCGCUCCGUGGGGCGAUUACCAGCCAACUGGCUACUACGGCAGUGAAAAAGAAGAGUGUGUCGCGUUGUACACGACUUUUGGCUGGGAGAAAGAAGUGCUGAAUGAUAUGAACUGCGAGCGAAAGCAGCCGUUUGCAUGCCGACAAAAUUUUGAUUAA